CGGUCGUUUUUUCUUUGCUUCGUUUUCUGGACUUUUCCGGACGUUUCUUUCCGUUCUCGUUUCUCUUUUCCCCUUCCUCCUCACCCCGUCUUUGUGCUCCUUCCCAUCUCGAAGGGGAGCAGCGGAACGUCUUACCUUCUGAUAGUUCGUUUGGCGUUCCUACCUGUUUCUUUCCCUCUAUAAAAGAUAUGAGCUCAAUCGCCCACGUUGCACCUCCAUUGAAUUCAUCCGUCACCGCACCGUGUCGUCGCCGGUACUAGUGAUGGCCUUCGCCUUUCUUCGUACUACAACUUUCGUGGUUGGGGUCAACAAUGUCGACGACCAAUUCCUGGAGCAAGUUUAAAGCCAAAGUGCUGCGGCGAUCGUCGACUGUCAGGGCGGCCACCGGAGCGGAACCUUUCCUCGUGCCAAAUUCCAGCGCCAACACCAACUCCUUAUCGCCCGUGGCACUGCGCUCUCCCCUCACAUCCGACAAGGGCUUCGCUCAACCCCGUUCCUACAACUCUGUCUCCUCCUUAUCGACCGUUCAGCGCUCAAUCUCCGACGACGCCUCCGCUCCCCCUGCGAGUCUAUCAGCAGAACGGGGGCGGUACUACGGCUCCGUUGACGAAGGUUCGGUGGGAAAAACACAAUCUCCUCGGGAAGAAGAGUCCCCACGGCUACGAAAGAAGAACCGGGCAUCGGGUCCUUUGAAUCAGAACCCCUCAGUCACCACCCCAGGGUCUCAAGAGCGACAACCUUCGGAAUCGUGUCCCGAUCGUGUCCGAGCUGUAGCCGACCGUCACAGCUUGCCCCCGGACUUUCUCAAGUCCCCACCACGCUUGUUUGGUUCGAACGAGUUCCUGCAACAGUUACCCUUUGCUUCAGUAGCGACCCCUCCCCUACCAGCUUCGGGCAGUGUCGCGUCUCAGACCGCGUGUAAUCAAGGGCGGGAUCGUACAGCGUCUACAGUCGGCGAUCCCCAAUUACCUGCACCCCUGACUGCCGUGGCGGAGAAUCCUUUCGCUGCAUCCUAUAAUCAAGCGCCUAUCCCCAGUACCGUUUCGAUCCCAAAACGUCCCAGCCUCGGGUCGCGUCGUCAGUCGCUUUUCGCUCCGUCUCAUCAGCACUUGAUUAGCGAUUUGCUAGAGCAGCCGAGGACGUCUUUGGAAAACGACGGUGGUCGCCUUGCCACCGGCACUGCUGGGAUGUUACAACGCAAGAUCUGGGUUAGACGGCCGGGCGGUUCGGCCACCCUGGUACCAACCACGCACGAUGCCCUUGUAGACGAGUUGCGAGACCAAGUAAUCUUGAAGUACGCCAACUCCCUAGGUAAGACAUUCGAUGCCCCCGACAUUGUCGUUCGCAUUGCUCCUCGGGAAGGCUCGAACAAGCAGGCAACCCCUGAUCGCAUGUUGAGUCCGGAGGAGCCGUUGGUCACGGUGGUGGACUCUUAUUUCCCGGGCGGCCAAACGGCGGAGGAGGCUCUGAUAAUCGAUAUCCCUCCAAGGCGAACCCCAAAGCCUUCCCCGCGCCAUUCUAUCUACUACGAGCAAACCGAGCCGGGUGAGCACGGCGAAUAUUUCCCUCUCAUGCCGGUCAAUCCCAAUAUCCCAACCCCACCGGCCCACCCAUCCAAUUCCUCGGGCAGUGUGAGCGCUCACCCCGCCCCAUCAAUAUCUAUUCUUACAACCGGGAUGGCGCCGCCGUUGCCUUCCCCGGGGAGUCGAGCUGCUCGCCAUGCCCGCCGGCCUCCUCUUACUCGACACGCUACGAACUCGCCCACAGUAUUAGCGCAGUCAGCUGGCUCGAAGGAUUCUGGUGUCCCGCAAACUGCCAUACCUCCUCAGCCAGCACCACAAGUUCCCACCCCACCUCUCCCGGCCCCAGAAUCGCCCCAAAACAAGACUAUGACCCCUCCUGCACGCGGAGCGUCACCACGUCCUCGUCCGUCAACAAAACCUAAAAAGAGCCCUGCACAGUCAUUGAGCGCAGCCUUUGGGGGCCUUAUCGAGGGGACUGUACCUCCCAUCAAUGUUCUCAUCGUUGAAGACAAUGUCAUCAACCAAAGGUUGUUGGAGGCAUUCAUGAAACGUCUUAGCGUGCGUUGGAAAUGCGCUGCAAACGGGGAGGAGGCGGUCAAAAAAUGGCGAGAAGGCGGUUUUCAUCUUGUCCUGAUGGACAUUCAAUUGCCCGUGAUGAACGGUUUGGAUGCGACGAAAGAGAUUCGCCGGCUUGAGCGGUUGAAUGGGGUUGGUGUUUUCCCCAAGACGGCCUCCGGCCGGUCGAGUGCUGCGAGUGCUGCAGCAAUGUCCCCGCCGGAGAGAGACCCCGAAACCCAUGAUUUCCUGAAAGUGGAGGAUGUCCUGCAUGAUCUUUCACUGUUCAAGAGUCCUGUCAUCAUUGUCGCAUUGACAGCUAGCAGCUUGCAAAGCGACCGACACGAAGCGUUGGCCGCAGGCUGCAAUGACUUCUUGACUAAGCCUGUGCGAUUUGAAUGGCUGGAGCAAAAGGUGACAGAAUGGGGGUGCAUGCAAGCGUUGAUUGACUUUGAAGGCUGGCGCAAAUGGCGAGGGUUUGCAAACGAUAACCAGUCAUCAGCGAUACCUACACAGGCACUAUUGGAAAGUGAAGGUGUAACAAAGAAAUUCUUCCUCUCCCUGCCAGACUCUUCUUCUCGAGGCACGGGACCACAAGACCUGAAUAUUCCCAAACCAUCGGAUCUUCUUCCGGAAGACUCUUCUGGAGGAGAAGCACCCGACUCUCCUGCAAGCCCAUUGACCACUGUCCCUGUUGAGGAGACUUCGAGUCGCCAAGAUGCGGCUCCAGAUGGCGUAUAGUUUGCAAGGCUUCAUCUCUCGUUCGAUUUCAAGCUCUCUCAUGGUUAGCCGGUCUCUUUUGUCACAAUACAUGCAUGGCCGAGAUUAGUUGUUGUGUGAACUUGUUCCGCUGUUUGUGGCUUCUAUGGAUACCCAGCAUAGCCCUUGUCGAUUCCUUUUAUAGCUUUCACUCAUUUACUGGUUAAGGGGCAGCGGCUUCAUCUUUUGUGGUGUUUCACAGGUUAUUUUCAUGUUUAUAUAUCCACCCUCAAGGGCAUGCUCAAGCAUACGAUCGAGUUUUUCCAUGUUCCCUUGUCUAAUAUAUAUCCUGUAGCGUUCUCGUAGAUCUCUAAGUCUGUGAUUUGCUUAGAAUAUUAGAAUUCCAUUUCUCAGCCUGUCGCACCGUGGCAUAUGAUUAAUUUAGGAGGGGUUGUGCGGGCAAACAUGCCAUUGAACGGAGACUUAGAACCCCCAUUGUUGUCUGAGAUAUGACUUCUUACUAUA